AUGUGUGUUCUGAUGGACAAUGGCCUGGUCAAAUGCUACGGACAGACGACCAACGGCGCAUCCGGACAACCGGACACAGUUCAAACCGCGAUAGGCGUCAGCGGUUCGAAUAUUGGCGACGACGCGUCCGAGCUUGGCGACUUCCUUCCGGCUAUCGACUUGGGAUCAGGCCCCUUUCCCAAGAACCGGCCCCUGGUUUUCUGUUGUCCGGUGGGUGCCCAGAGGCAGAUCGCCGUCGGCGACAGAUAUGCGUGCGCGCUCUUGGACAACAGCCUUGUGAAGCUGGGAGACAACCAUGCAUGUGCCCUCCUGGAUGACAACACGCUGAAGUGUUGGGGCAGCAGUUACAACGGACAAUCUGGGCAGGACAGUACCAGCAACAUUGGACAAAGUGCAAACCAAAUGGGCGACUAUCUUCCUCCGAUCGACGUGGGUGCUGGAAGGCGAUCUCGGAUGAUGGCAACCUCAAAUGCUGGGGUUAUAAUAACGCUGGCCAUCUCGGCUAUGGUGAUCGGAAUGAUCGAGGAAUGGGCUGUCGGGGAUACCUCAGGCGAGAUGGGAGAUAACCUCCCCUUUGUCAAUUACGGCACAGGCAGAACUGCUCAGCACAUAAGCAUUGGAAAUGGCUUUCAGUGUGCUCUGUUGGACGAUUCUACUGUGAAGUGUAUGGGAUAUGGCGAGUGGCUCGGGUAUGGCGACACAACUCAACGUGGCAAGGAUUCAGCACUUUUGGGUGACCACUUGCCUGUACUGGACUUCGGCACCUUGCCGACAACGUCGAUGCUCGGCAUAUAUGACAACCACCUCCUAUACGCAGACCAUCACCAGUUCGACAAGCACCACUUCUUCCGCGAGCACAUCUUCCAGCACAACAGAGACAAGGACAAGUUGGACAAGGACCUCCAGCACAACCUUGUCCAGCACCACCAGCAGCCUCACCCUCAGCAGAACCUCGACAACUUCAGUGACGACCUCCACAACUUGGACGCACAGCAGCACCACAAGGCGCAAAGCUCUAAAGCUCACAGUGCAAUCGGAUCUGUUAGCAAGCCACAGGACGUCUUCCGUGCAAUCCGGGACGUCAUAGAGAUGGAACAACAUGGAAGAAUACUGCUCAUGCUGAGCAAGCUGCCGCAACGGCAAGCAGUGGCGGUCGAAUUGGCAGAGUCUUUGAACUUCAACACCAGCCAAGGGAACGCGACAGGCGGAAUCUUGGCCGAAGUGUCAGCAGAGGUGGACACGGGGCAGUUGAAGGUGGUGGCCUUCUUGCCAGAGGCAUUGGACAGCAAUGUGACCACCGUCACUGCCUUUACAACGUCGCAGGAAGAAGUCUCCCGGGUUGAAGUCCCUCGAGAGGUGUUGGCCCAAGCCGCGACAGCAGCCGGAGAAACAGGAGCUGUUCUUCUGAGCAUCACCACCAUCAAAUCGAAGGUUGCAGGUAAGUUCCAAGAUCGAAGAGUCGAAGGCGAAGCAACAUCCGUGGUCGGAUCCCAUGCUGUCAGUAUCAACAUGCGAGCGCCCGAUGGAUCGGAGCUCAGGGUCCAAAACCUGGACGUUCCCCUUCGGAUUGUGAUCAAGACGGACUUGGAGAACGCCACGUGCGCCUUCUGGGACGAACGAGAGAAGCGCUGGUCCCCGCGUGGAGUCACAACGGUGCCCGACACUGUUCCGGGGCAGAUUACGUGCCUGACUGUCCAUCUCUCGAUCUUCAGCGCUGUAGCCGAGGUCAUUUGGGACAAUGCGCUCCUGGCACUCGUUUGCAGCAGCGCUUGGGAUCUGCUAACCCCCGCAGGAUUUCAGCGCUUAUCGGAGACAAAGUGGCAGUCGACCCUCCCAGCAGUCUCCGUCUUCGUCUUCCUGGCACUCUUUGCCCUGGUCUUCGCCCGUGCUGCCUUGGUGGACCGACGGAACCGGGACAUGGUCCCCUGGGAGGAGAUUGAGCCUGCACUCUUCAGACAGGCUCCGGCCUCCGAGGUGGAGGAGGUCCCCAAGGGCUGGUGCAUGCAGCGAGUGGCAGAGGCCAAGGAUUGGACCCUGUGGUGCGCAGGCAUUUGCUUCGGCGUCCAAGAUAUCGCCUCGUUGAUCUUGGAGUGCAAAGCCCCAGAGGCUAGCGUGAACAGGUGUAUCAGGUCCCUGCACGCACAUCGAAGCGGCGUGGCCAAGGAUAGCCUUGCAAUCAUCCUGCAGCCCGACGAAAAAUUCGAACUGGAGGAGGAGCCUGUGAACCGGCAGAUGAGUCGGAGCGUCGGCCGCCGGAGCCGAUUUUCUCGCUUGGUACAGGAAGUGGGCACCAACAUGGACGGCUUCGGCAAGGCGCUUCGCGACUUGGGCGCCCGAUGGAAUGUGCACAUCCACGGGGCCAACACCGUGCAGUGCAUCCUCGACAGCCGUUGGUACAAGCGUGUUGGCCUCCUGUUCCCCGCCUUCCACCCCUGGAUCGCAUUGCUGCGGCUGAGCCUGCUAACCUCAUACAAGGUGCGAGUGUCCCUGAUCUUUUUGAAGCUCUGCACCGCCGGGGCUACCAAUGCUUUGUUCUUCACGAGUUCCUCCCCGGGUCCCGACUCGGAUCCAAGCUGUAAAAAGCCACAGACUCUUGUGGCGCAGCUGGUGCAGAAUACUGUGGUGGGCGUGGUCUCUGCACUGCUCGGUGACGUCAUCAUCUUCACUCUCUUCUUGGUUCAAAAUCGCAGCCCCAUGGAAAAGGACUGGACAGAAAGGUCGAAGAAGUGGCAAAUGAGGGUUUGGAAGUGCCGAGCCCUGGCAUUUUGGUUGAUUUGGUUGGUCUAUUCGCUUGUAUGCUUGGUCUACACGAUGCUGUUCUUGGCGAACGUCCGCCUGGCAGAUGCACACGGCUGGUACAUGAGCACUGGCAUGAGCUUACUCCAGGACUUGGUGAUACUUCCCUUGUUCCUUGCUUUGGCACUCGGCUUGAUGGCAUCGGCGGCAUUGCUCAGCAAGGGGAUUCGCAGAAGGAUUGAAGCGCGAUGGCUUGAAGGCUAUGCAGAUGCCGAGGAGCAAGUUGGCAAAGAGCCAGAGGAAGCUCCUCCCGGUCGUCGCAACUCCAAUUUCUCCCAGCUCUCCGAAGCAAGACUUGAAGGAGGAUUCGCCUGGGGUCACCGCACUGAACAGGCCCCUCAGCAGCAGGCCUGGGCGAACGUUCUUCCUGGCAUCCCACAUGAUGUUUGA